AAAAAGAUCAUAACCUUGCUUUUCCACGUUUUAUAUAUUUUUGUGUUUUUCACGACUAGGAUCAAUUUUUCGUAUAAUUUUUAUUAUGUCGGCUAAGAAGGCAAAAAGGUCGCCAAACAAACCAAAAACGAGGAAAGAAAUUCGAAAAGAGCAAAGAAAAACAAAAAAAAUUCGACGUCUUGAAUAUUACACAAAUAGGAAAAAACCGGGCCAAUUUGUUCGAAUUAACCCACAAAUGGCUGCAGAAAUAUACGGUGAAGACGCCACAAAAACACUGAAAGAAUCCAAUCAAGGAAAACUGAAAAAUCAAGUAAAAACUAAGAUGGAGGCUGAAAACGUGCGAGAUAAAGAGAAAAAACAGCAAAUUAAGUUGCAGAAAGACAUGAAUAAACAAAGAAAUAAACAAUUAGUGGAAGCCAAUUUGGAGGAAGACCGUACAAUUCGAAGAUUGGAAAAACAAUUGAAACUGAACAAGAGAAAAUCAAAAUCGGUGCCUGCUUCGUUCAGUAGGGACGGCUUAGACUAUUUGCUGGAAGUUUGCGAUCCUGAAAAUUUGAAAAAUACAGCACUUGCUGAGCAGCAGUUGGUGGAAGUAAAUAAUGAGUUUGAAGAAGAUUUAGUUUUAAUGACAGAGAAUACUAAGAAUCCAACCGACGAUCUUUUAAACUCAUCUGAAGAUGAAAUUGAGGAUGAGGAAGAUUUUAGUGAAAGUGAUACUGCAGAAAUUCCAGUUUCCAAGAAGCGGAAAAUUGAGGAAAUCGACGAAAUUGAUAGGAAGAAAAGCCAAAAAAAUGGGGAAGAGUCAGACUGGGGUGAGGAAAGUUUUGAAGAAGAGGAAACUUCAGAAGAGGAAACCCCUCAAGAGACAAAUGACGGGACUUGGGAAGAUAUUUAUGGCCGAUUGCGGAGUAAAGAUGGCUCUGUUGUAACAACUGGCCAAAACUACGUUCCACCGGCCGCACGAAUGGCCUCAGAAAGUGGACCAGAAGAUAAAAUAAGGAGUCAAAAAAUGGAGAGAUUGAAAAGACAACUCAAAGGUUUGAUAAAUAGAUUAGCUGAGAGUAACAUGCACAGCAUUACCACACAAAUUGAAGAACUCUACAUGAGUAAUAGCAGAAAUGACAUGAACAAUACAAUCACAAAUUUAGUGACUGAAGCUUUAGUUGCAAAUAUUCUAGCACCAGAGAGACUCCUCAUGGAACACAUUCUACUAAUUACGAUUUUACACGCGAAUGUUGGGACUGAAGUCGGGGCUCACUUUUUGCAAACAAUCGUAAAAUUAUUUGACGAACAUUUGAAAUCCCCAAAUGUUGAAAAUAAAAAACUUGACAAUGUUAUUAUCAUUUUGGCACAACUCUACAAUUUUAAAUUGUUUGAUUCUAAAUUAAUUUAUGAAAUUCUUGAUACUUUAGCUGAAAAUUUCGAUGAAAAACACGUCGAAUGUAUUUUACAUAUUCUAAGAAAUGUCGGUUUUAAUCUGCGGAAAGAUAAUCCAAUUGCACUAAAAAAUCUCAUUUUAAGGCUCCAAAAACGGGCGUCUAAUGCGUCUGAUGAGCUGAAGGAUAACUCAAGAGUAAAAUUCAUGUUGGAUAUCUUAUUAGCAAUAAAAAAUAACAACGUUUCUAAAAUCCCAAAUUAUGACACGACGUAUUCGGAACAUUUGAAAAAAAUUAUAAAAGGUUUUAUAAGAAAGGGCAAUUACGUUACUCAACUUAACAUUUCUUUGGAAGACUUACUAAAAGCUGAAGAAAAGGGCAAAUGGUGGGUUGUGGGUUCUGCAUGGGUCGGCAAUUCUGAGAAUAAAACUCCAGAAGCUGUUAAAGAAACCCCAAACACGUUUUCACAAAAACUAUUAGAAUUAGCAACAAGACAGAGAAUGAACACAGAUACACGAAAAAAUAUCUUUUGUGUUAUUAUGUCAGCAGAGGAUUACUUGGACGCAUUCGAAAAACUCCUCCGUCUCUCGUUGAAAAACCAGCAAGAACGGGAAAUCAUCCACGUGAUUUUACACUGUUGUUUGCAGGAAAAAACAUACAAUCCGUAUUACGCAACUUUAGCGCAAAAAUUCUGCGAGUAUGACCGCAAAUUUCAGAUGACGAUCAAAUAUUCAAUUUGGGACAAACUGAAAGCCCUUAAGGACCACUCAGCCAAACAAAUCUCACACUUAGCCAAGCUCCUGAGUCAUCUAUUUGUAGAAAAAGGUCUCCCAAUAUCGACAUUGAAGGUCGUCCAGUUCAGUGAAUUGGAUAAAGUUACUUUGCGAUUUCUAAGACAGAUUUUGUUGGGGAUUUUAUUACACGAGGAUUUAGACGUUUGUAAAGGAGUUUUUGAAAAAGUCGCCUACUCUGAUAAGCUGAAAAUGUUUAGGGAGAGUCUGAGACUGUUCCUCCACCACUUUUUGUUAAAAAAUCUCGAAUCGCAAAAUAUCGGAAAUGAGAAGAGAGAGGUGCUGCAGCACAGGGUCAAAAUCGUGGAAAAACUCUUAAUUGGAAAAGAAAUUAGAUUGUGAUUAGAUACUGUUGCAAAGAUGAAUAAAAAUUCGAAAUAAUAAA